UUUAUUUUUAUUUUACUUUAUAGGUGAAGCUGGUGACUGGAAGAAUCACUUCAGUGCAGAAGAGGAUGCUGCAUUUGAGGAACAUGAUCUCAAAAUAAUGGCUGAUUGUCCUAUUCCAAUACGGUUCACAAUAUGAAAGACUGAAAUGGAGUGUGUCUGUUUUCUAGUCCAGAAAACAAAAUUACAAUUUCCUAAAUAAAUGAUAAACUAUUUAAUCCCAUAUGUUUCUAUUUUGCCUCAUAAAGUACAUUGUUGGGCAACAAACUGUAAUAUAAAUGUACUACUCUGGAUGAGUGGUAACUGUUGACUGUUCAAAGCUCUCGAAUGCAGUGUAAAGUUCAAGUCCCAUCAUAAAAUCUCUGGAAAGUAUACAUAAUAUAUUAACGGAAAUGAAAAUAAUCCCCCGCAGAGGGCAGAAAUGUAAUGUUUCUUUAUUUCAUAUUUUUACCAUUUUGAAUCAGGAACAGGCCUCCGAAAUAAUUAUGGAAAUACAUUAAUAUAUUAAAACUUUGUGGCUGUAGAGAAACAAAUCAUACAGUUGUAAAAACUGAUCAAGGAUUAAGUGACCUUUGAGACUGUGCUACCAAACCUCCAACUCUCAUAUCUGCACUUGAUAAAGGUUAUACAUGAGUGAGGAUCGCAAACAACGCAACUGAAAAUAACAAAACAAGGCAUGUUGUCCUUCAUUUCCCGGUUUGUGCCAAGUGUUCCUACUUGGCUAAAACCAAGUGCUAUUCCUUUACAUAGUGUUUUACAAGGGCUUGUGGGUGCUUGUGGAAUUUGGGUUCUUCGUAACCUUUUAAAAACUUACUUGUUUGUUGAGGCACGGAGUAUCGCAGAUCCUGAAACAGACAUUAAACGAAGGAACAGACUAAAUGGUGGAAUAAUAGAGAAAAUUCAGUUCUGGAUCCUAACCGUGCUUCUUUCUGUUGUGGGGUCUCGUGUUGCAUCACUAAUAGUUUUAGAGUUCUCUCUUAGAGCCAUUUCAGCACGGAUCGCAGGAGGAUCAGACUCAAUAAUGGACCCAUUGUUACUGCUGAUUAUCCAGUGCCAGUUCUCCUUGGGCUGCGCACUAACCUGCAGCCUUAAUUUCCUCCAUGAGGGGGCACCACAAGGCUGGCUAAGCCUCCUCCUUGCAGUUGGACUGAGCUGGUUCUUGGCAAGCAGGUGCAGCAGAAUAUGGCGACAUGUAAAUACAAUGUAUCCAAUACACAGUACACAGCGCUAUUGUGGACUUUGCAUUGGACUAUUAACCACUGGCACUUCUAUAUUAGCCUGGCUCUGCAGUGCCUUAAUUAUAACUUUUAGCGUAUCUGGAAUUGCUGCCAUAUCAAACAUAAACCAAAACUUUCUAUCGACCACUGAGGCUCUGAGAUUUUGGACCCCACUCACAAUAUGCUACACUCUGCUGGUUGUGUACAUGAAUGAGGAUCGACAUCAAUCGCCUGGCCAACAGAUUCUCAAUACAGUCGUUGUGCGCCUGGGUGGGCUUUUCGUGUUACUGAUUACAGUGGGCAGCUGGUCAGAUGUACUCCAUGUUCUAAUCUGCUUCAUUGGUGAAGCUGCGUGCCUGUUACCAUCUCAAGACCUUUUGGAAGCCAUAUAUCAGCAUGUCACCUAUGUGCCUAAAGGCCCAUUAAAAAGCCAUGGAAAACAGGAGGAACAAAGGAAAUUGGAAAGGAAACUGGACUAGGCUUGGAUGAAAACAAACUUGACAUAUACAGCCUAUAUAUAUAUAUAUAUGCCUACACACACACUUUCUCUACAAAAUACAUUUAAGUGAAGAGAUGUGCUUUUUAAGUCCUUAAUAUUUAAAGUCCAUUUAGCUUUACUCCCUUAACAUUUACAUUCAUUUACACUCCCUUAACAUUCAAGUACUGCAUGAAAAAUGAAUGCCUUAUGAAUGCCUUCCAUCGUAAUAAAUAUAGCUAUUCGAUACCUUUAUGUAUACGAUGUAUUGCAUUAAUUCCCUCUAUACUUAAAUACAUAUUUAAAAAAAAAAUCAAGAAUAUAAUUAGAGAGAACUUAACGUGAUUAAAUUACAUUUCACUUUAUAUUCAUUUUGAUUAUCUAUGACUUGGAUAUAGGAACAGUAACAAAUAGUUGUAUUUGCUAGGGUCACCCGGGCAUUAUAAUAAAGAUAACUAAUACAUCAAAAACAGUUCAAAAUAGCAAUUACACUCACUAAAUAAUUGCGUGUUGUCUUGUAACAUUUUUGAGCCCAUUAAAGGCAGCCGUGCGCUAAAGUUGUUCAACUGAACUUGAACCCAAAAUAGCUCCACUGGAAACAAAAUGGCCGCGGCGCUGUCAUUUCUUUUGUUGUGCUGGGUUUUUCUGCACUAGGUUAUGCUCAAAAUGGCGUCAUAUUUCAAAGAACAUUCUUUCGAUAACUGGCGCCAAAAAUUAACAACUGAACAUUCACGAACAUCGAGUGUGUGGUCUGUUUGUGGCAUGCAAUCUGCAAGUGUUUAAUUCUCCACGGUCUCCAGGAUGUUUUAAAGCGCUCAAACAUACAAGGACAAAACAUUUCUCUCAAACGCAUUCCACAUUCUGUCGCCUUUUUAUAAAUCCAGUUGUUUCCUCUGUCGAAUAAAUACAUUACAAUAAUUUUUUUAGCAAUUUAGUAAAGCAGUAAAUGUCUUCAUGUCCUUAGAAGUUUGCCACACCGUCUUGUGGUGUUUAGGAGCAAGAAGAAAAAAGAACAUUGUUGUCCCAAGUAUCCAGGGGAGUCAUUUAUUGUAUAACAUGCAACAAUAUUGUUUAGGCCUAAAGUGCGCUUUUGUAUUUCCAACGUGCAACCAAUCCCAAAUCCAAUCCCAAAAGCACUGUCAAAGAAUUACAUUUUAUUAGUUCUAUUCCAUAUAUUAAGGAUUUAGGCAGAUCCAGAAAGUCCAGUGAAUUCCAGUGAAGACUCAAGACUGAAUCUGAAGAUUAUGUGGCUUGCUCAAGAUCCAGCUUGAGAACCAGCUCCACCUCAGUACAAGUUCCAGAAUUUUCUGCCAGUCAGAGGGUUUGUAAUUGCUCUUUGUCAAAACUCUGUGUGGGCGUGUAAAGCGCACGCGCUAUUCAUCCAUUGCGGUCCCUGUUUUGCCGCAUUCUGGCGCAUGCGUGCAUCCAAUCAUACGC